GGGGGGGGGGGUAUUUGUAUAUACAGUGUAUUAACUGCGGGCAGCUGAAUACCAUCCCAUAUGGCAGUACAUACUCCGAGCCAUCGACAAGAGGACAGAGAAUGUUUUCAGUGAACACAAAGUUAGGUGCAGCAAUGAUUGACUCGAUUGGAGGCCCACAACGAGUCAAUAAUUUCCUUACAACGCUUGAUCUCCCAUCAAUAUCAAACAAAAAUCUCAAAGCCAUGGAACGACGAGCUGGGCAAAUAAUUGAAGAUUAUGCAGAGAAAAGUAUGGCCAUUGCAACUAAAGUAUCAUUUGACACUGAAAUGAGUGACAUUUCAACUAUGGAAGAAAAAAAUGCACCAUUUGUCCAUCAUGCUACUUUUGAUGAGGAGUUGGGUACUGCAGUUAUAGAUGGUGAAUUCCUAGGUAAUCCUGCAUCACUUUUGAAAUCUACAAGUGUGCUUCAAGACCAGGAGGAAAGUGGCGAUUCUGGAAAUGAUGAUGAUGAUGAUGAUGAUGAGAAUUCUAACCCAGCGCAAGUUUGUCUGCCAGAUCGAGAUUCACAAAAUGUUGACCAUUCUCCUCAGACUCCAAAACUAGUUUGUCCAUCACAUGUAGAUUUACAGGAAAUGGACCUUGCUCUUCACACUCCACAAGGAAUAGUCAAUGAAACUGCACAUAUAGACAAAGUGUCAGGAAGGUCAUUUGGAAAAGUCAAGAUGAAAAGACAGGGAGUGGCUGUUUCAAAGAAGCUGAAAUUUAACCCACGAACAAGAACAGGAAUGACAGUUUGUGCUGACCAUGGCUGGCAAAAAAGGGGAUUUGAUAGUCUAACAGGUAUUUAAAGAACACGGAUUAUCCCCUGGUCAUCAUACACUGAAAUAUUCGGAGAAGAUGGACAUGGAAAGACAGAAGAGACAGGAAAGAUCAAAGUUGCCU